UCCACACACUUCACAAAGGCAAUACGGUUCCCCGAGCCUCGCAACUCUUUAUUUUCCCAGCAGUGAACAAGCAAACAACAGGAGGCGUGACACGGUGAAGAAAAGCGUGACCAGCAGAAAUUCCGUGCUCGAUCGAAGUUGUUUCUGGCAACGCGAAAAUUCUAACCUCGGGCAGCGAAGUAGCGGAAAGAGGCGUGAACGUGCAGAACGGUGUUGCGUAUUUCACGGAAGUGUAUCGGUGUCCCGACGGUAGCAGCGGAGUCAAGUUUUUUCGGUAGUCAAGGCGCCACCGCCAGUGCAGCAAAAUGGCCUCCAAAGAUCAGGCUCCAAACAAGCAGCAGGCGCUGAAAGAAAAGGACCUCGGCAAUGCGGCGUACAAACGGAAAGACUUUGAGGCCGCCCUGCGGCACUACCGCACCGCUCUGACGCACGACCCGACGGACAUUACAUUCCACAACAACAUCGCGGCCGUAUACUUCGAGCAGAAGGAGUUCCGCAAAUGCAUCGAAGAGUGCGAGAAGGCAGUUGACGUAGGUCGCGAGAACCGGGCCGACUACAAGCUGAUCGCGAAGGCGUUCACGCGCACGGGCAACGCGUACCGCCGGCUGGAGGACCACAAAUCGGCGAAGACGUUCUUCGAGAAGUCGCUGUCCGAGCACCGGACGCCGGAGGUGAAAUCGCUGCUCAGCGACACGGAGAAGAAGAUCAAGGAAAUGGAGCGCCUGGAGUACAUCGAUCCGGCCAAGGCGGAGGAGGAGAAGGAGCAGGGCAACGAGUUCUUCAAGAAGGGUGACUACAGUGCGGCCGUGAAGCACUACUCCGAGGCCAUCAAACGCAAUCCGGACGAUGCGAAACUGUACAGCAACCGGGCCGCCUGCUACACCAAGCUGGCCGCCUUCGAUCUCGGGCUGAAGGACUGCGAAACGUGCUGCCGGCUGGACGAGGCCUUCAUCAAGGGCUGGAUCCGCAAGGGCAAGAUCCUGCAGGUGAUGCAGAAGUCGUCGGAAGCCCUCACCGCCUACCAGAAAGCGCUCGAGAUCGACCCGAACAACGCAGAAGCGCUCGAGGGCUACCGGGCGUGCACGAUGGCGGUGCACGCCGACCCGAAGGAGGUGUGGAAGAAGGCCAUGAACGACCCGGAAGUGCAGCAGAUUCUGAAGGACCCGGCGAUGCGCGUCAUCCUCGAGCAGAUGCAGAGCGAUCCGAAGGCGGUGCAAGAACAUUUAAAGAAUCCGCAAGUAGCUUCCAAAAUACAGAAACUCCUGGAAUCGGGUAUCAUUCAGAUCUACUGAACACACCGCGACGCUUAGCGUACACCGCAUCCGGCAUCCGGGGCGAGAGCCGCGGAACAACAAUAAACGAGAAGGGCCAGCACACCGCGCCUCUCGCCCGGCCGGAGCACUAGCUUUACGAAUCGAGUGGAAAAGGUGGCAAUGGCGCUGCUAAUACUAGGAUCGGUGAAUUGAAUGAUCGCAGUUUAAGUUUUUGCUUUGAGUUUCAUUUUCCUUCAAUUUUAUCCGCGAGCCGCGUGUGUGUUUUAUAUAGUCUCUCCUCGUUACGCCGGUCCAGUGGGGGUUCCAACCAACCAAAUGACUUGGGAGCGCGCGCGCUGGCGCUGCCGCUGCCGCUGAGCCAUCCAAACACCGACCAUCACGUCGUGGACAAAAAUCUCCGUUAGCGCCAGUGGCCCCGACCGACACGCGCACCGUGUGACCACCGUUGCACAGCUCACACCGCCUAAGAACAAUUUCUGUUAGAAAUCCGACUAAGCUAGAGAAACGUAAGAAAAGUAGACACUAGUUCUGAAACAAUGCAAAUAAUUAAUAAUCGAAAGGCCAGGGCAGAGCAGCAUCAACUAAAAAUGGGCAGAAACGCGAAAAAUAAACCAUUUCUACCACAUUAAA